AUGUCCCAAAUUCAAUUACAAGCUUGUUUUGUUCAAUUUUAUCGUUGGGCAACAUUAAUGUCAGAAGUUCCUAUGGCUGAAGCACUUAAAAAAGUUAUGGAUUUUGUUCAAACUGAUCAUAUUCUUCAACGUUAUCCAGAAUUUCCAAAAUUAAAAUCUCUUUGGCAUAUUUUUAUAAAUAAAUGUGGAGUGGAUCAGGCACAAUUAUUUGGAAAAAAUAACAAUUUGAGGGAUACUUUUAGAGAUAAAGAUAAUAAAAAAGUUAUUGAAGCUGAAGAGGAAUUUAAACAAAGAAAACAUGAUGUAAUCGUGGCUUGUAAGGAUUUUCUUGAAAAAUACAAGAAUAGUUUGUUUGAACCUCAAAUUACUAGCAUUCAAAAGAAGGUAUUCAAAUUGGAGAAGGAAAUGGCGUUAGACAAUCAAGUCAAAGGUAGAACUGAAAGGAAACAGAAAAAGCCAAAAGCAACAGCAUUUGAUUUAUUUAAGAAAACGAAGGAAGGAAAAUAUCUAAAUUUGCCAGAAGAAGAGCGUGAGAGAAAACUUUUGCGUCAAUUUGAUAAAUUGGAUCCAGUGCAGCGAAAUAUUUACGAAACAAUUGCAGAAAAGAUUUGA